AGAGCAGAAGUUCAUCAAUCUACUCCAAACGUCUCGAACGCACGAGCUGAACGGAAGGGAACUCGAGCGUGAGCCGUGACAGAAGACCAUAUGACUCACAGGGCAAAAUAACAUGAGCUCCACUUUGGCUUAAAUCGUGUCUACGAAAAUGAACGGCAGAUAAAGCACCAGUACAAGCUGCAUCCUGAUGCCAGUUCAGCACCUGGAGGGAAAGAUGUCACCUGAAGAUCUCAAGAACUAGCUGGGAACUUUUCAGAUCUUCUUGAAACUCUUGUAACUGACUGUAGGUUUAGACAGUCUUAUUUGUAUCAUACAAUCUAUUAAAACGAUGGCAUCCUACAGUCCUGCACCCACAGAAGAGCCUGCCUCAGAGGUAUCGAACGGAGACCUGAAGGCAAGCAGCUCGCAGGAGUCCAUGAAACUGAAAAAAGAAAUAUCUUUGCUCAAUGGCGUGUGUCUCAUCGUGGGAAACAUGAUCGGCUCCGGGAUCUUCGUCUCACCCAAAGGUGUACUGAUGUAUAGUGGCUCCUACGGGUUAUCUCUGGUAGUGUGGGCAAUCGGUGGGAUCUUCUCGGUGUUUGGUGCGCUCUGCUAUGCCGAGCUCGGAACCACCAUCACCAAGUCGGGCGCCAGCUACGCCUACAUCCUGGAGGCCUUUGGGGGCUUUUUGGCUUUCAUCCGUCUAUGGACUUCACUUCUGAUCAUCGAGCCCACCAGUCAGGCUGUGAUAGCCAUCACUUUCUCCAACUACAUGGUGCAGCCCAUCUUCCCAACGUGUAUAGCGCCCUACAUAGCCAAUCGUCUGCUGGCCGCAGCCUGCAUCUGCUUGCUGACCUUUGUGAACUGUGCCUAUGUGAAGUAUGGAACACGCGUUCAGGACAUCUUCACCUAUGUAAAGGUCGUCGCUCUCAUCGCCGUCAUCAUCACCGGCCUGGUCAAGAUAUUCCAAGGUUACACACAGAAUUUUGAGGGGCUGUUCUCAGGUUCAUCUCGGGAUCCUGGUGAUGUGGCUCUGGCAUUAUAUUCUGCUUUGUUCUCCUACUCUGGAUGGGACACGCUGAACUUUGUCACUGAGGAGAUCAAAAACCCAGAGAGAAAUCUCCCACUGGCCAUUGCAAUUUCUAUGCCCAUUGUCACAGUGAUCUACAUUCUUACCAAUCUGGCAUACUAUACAAUCCUGCCCAUCCCUGCCAUCCUGGACAGUGACGCUGUGGCUGUGACAUUUGCAGACCAGGUAUUUGGGUAUUUUAACUGGACAAUACCGGUUGCUGUCGCCUUCUCCUGCUUUGGAGGAUUAAAUGCAUCAAUAGUGGCUGCAUCAAGGCUGUUCUUCGUGGGCUCCAGAGAGGGCCACCUACCAGACUACCUGUGCAUGAUUCACGUCACCCGCUACACCCCCAUCCCUGCCCUACUCUUCAAUGGUGCCAUGGCUCUUGUGUAUCUGUGUGUGGAGGAUGUCUUUAAACUGAUCAACUACUACAGCUUCAGCUACUGGUUCUUUGUGGGUCUGUCUAUUCUGGGACAGCUGUACCUGCGAUGGAAACAACCAGACAGAGUACGACCACUAAAGCUCAGCCUGUUCUUCCCAAUUAUAUUCUGCCUCUGCACUGUAUUUCUUGUGGUGGUGCCUUUAUAUAGCGACACUAUCAACUCGUUAAUCGGAAUUGGUAUUGCCUUAUCGGGAGUUCCAGUCUACUUCCUGUGCUGCCAUCUACCUGCCACACGUAGGCCAAUGUGGCUCCGCAAGUUAAUUGCAUCUGCAGGUAUAGUCAUUCAGAAGGUGUGCUUCUGUGUUCUUACUGAGAUGGACAUCGAGGAUGAAAAGGCAGAGUAGAAGAGGACGAUGCACUGACAAGAAAACUGUGCUAUAUCUGGAAUAAAUCUGGACAUGCAAUACACAAGCUGCUGAUGUGAUUAACCUCAUUUUACACUGGUUUACACAGUUAUCAUUUUAUAUUGAUCAGAUAUCAUGUGAAAACUUCCCCGCAAGCCAAUGCAAGUCCUUUAUAUUUAUUGGAAAUAUUUAUGUAGAUGAACUGCAUCUUGAUCGGUUAAAUGCUGGUUUUAUGGGGAACAGUAAACUAUCUCCUUGGCCUGGUUUCACAGACAGGGCUUAGAUUAAGCCAGGAUUAGGCCUUAGUUCAAUUAGGACAUUUAAGUAGCUUUUAUAAAUGUGCCUUAAAAAAAAAACAUUACUGGUGUUCAUCUUGAGACAAAACAAUGACACUGAUAUUUUAAGAUGUCAGUGCAAAUUGCUUUCAGUUAAGACAGCUCAUCUGGGACUAGGCUUAAGCCUUGUCUGUGAAACCGGGCAAUAAUGUGUGAAGAAACUACCUUUGGACUUGGAGAUUGUUGCAGGGUUUGGUAAGAUGAUGAAAUGAUAGCACUGAUAACAAAGGUAUUAUUUAGAGACAUUUGUACCAUUGCUUUGAUACAGCUAUAAACCUAAAUCUUGCACAUGUUAAUUGAACAUAAAUUUCGAUGCUUGUAAAAGUCUAAUGAAAUAUCUUGUAUUUUGAAGAAAGGAAUUGCCACUACAGCAUGUUUUAUCUUUACAGGUUUAUAUCUGAAUAUCAAGAGCAGUAUUUUCCAUUUUUUGUAAAGACAAAGGCAGUGUUAUUAUAGAUUUGUGAUAAAUAACUAUUUGAAUAAGACAAAAAAUAAACUAAAUAAAGGACAGACAAUGCAAAA